CGUCGUCCGGCCGACUCGAAGCUUCGGAGCAGCGGAUUUCGCGCGAGAUAUAGACUCAUAAACACGCACGCGUACACGUACGCGAUCUCACGCACGCACACGCACGCACACACGCACACACACACAUACAUACACGUACACGUACACGCGCGCGCACACGUACACACACGUACACAACACACCCUGGUGACGUAUCCGCGCGCGCGCGCGCGCUUGCUCGCAAGUCCGUCGUCGUGUCAGCCGAGCCGGUCACCGCACACGUGUAAUAUCGGGGUAUCGGCCGAUAUGUGAGCAGUGGUGUAGGACACACAUCGUGCACACGUACAUUACACCACGUUACGUUACACGAGGCUCUUUUUGUUUCCCAGUUACGCGUUCUUACGGUCGCACUCGGGCAUCUCCUACCUGCCUGCCUGCCGCGCGCCGGGAAUGCCGCCGGUCUCAAACAGUUGUCAAACAGUCGCGAUAUACGCCGGACGAGCGGUAAUAACGUGAGUAUCGAGUGUGUGCUGUGGAGCGAUUGCGUGGUGGCGAAAACUGCGAGGCGAUUCGGAGCAGGCAGCAGCGACGAAAGAAGGACUUUCGGAGCAACGAGAGAAAGGGAGGAUUGGCCACGUGCGAGUCGUGCACGGAGAAGCAUCCACGAUUCGUCGAUGUAAGAGUGAAACGAGAGUGAGAGAGAGAGAGAUCUCGGUGUUCGGAAGAGUCUCAGACGUCUCAGACGGUCAGCUCCAAACUCCUUCGGCGGGUUUGCAGGAAAAGAAGGAAGAAAUUGCCCUCCGUCCGCGCAUCCCAUCUGGUGGGGGAUGGGUUAGAGGGAUCGGUGCGUUUUAACCUCUAUGGAUUACUGGCCGAGUUGACACGCUCUAUGGAUCACCGGCCGGCGGGCGAGAGUAACUCUCCUUUGGCGACGAUCCAUGUAUGAAACGUUUCGCGAAGUGCGUCGCUACGGUUCGUGGGGAGAUGCGUCUCCCCUAGAUAGUUAGUGCCGAUGGUGAGAUACGCGAAUAACGAUCGUUGCGUUUUUCUCGGCUCCGGUUGUCGCGCAGAACCCACGGAAUUGAAAUAGAGAGAGUGAGAGGGAGAGGGAGAGAGAGAGAGAGAGAGAGAAAGAGAGAAAAAGAAAGAAAGAGACAGAGGAAGACAUGCGGUUCGCAUCCUCGACGCUACAGCGACGUCGUCAACCGCCGUUGUUGUCCCGUCGGCGACGUCUAGACUGACCACGCAUUUGUCUGCUUUUCGUCGGGAUUUCGAGGAGGAGGAGGAGGAGGAGGAGGAAGAAGAGAAAGAGGAGGAUCCACAAAAACGAGUGCAACGGCGGUCGUUCCAACCCGUCGUUCGACCCGAUCCAAACCGUCGGCGGACGACGACUGCCGCCUCUUCGACAGAGUGCGAGAGCGACGAGGAGUGCGGCGAACUGAUUUCAACCGAGUCGGAGGGAUGUCACGGAGAAAGCAGGCCCGACCGAGUCGUGCUCAUCUCGAGGAGGAUCUUGUCCAGAGGCCUCUGUUGACCAAUCCCAUUGGAACUGUCGCGGGCAAUAUCCGAGAAGAAAAUGACUUUACAUCAGAUGGUGAAGAGAGUGGUGGUGGUGGAGGAGGUGGCGAGGAAGCCGUGGAUCUCACAGCGACGAGAUCUCAUCAGGGCGACGAUGAUCCUAUGGAAGAGGAUGAGGAAGAAGGUAUUGAUGAACAAGACGAACAGGAUGAAGAUGAGGAGGGCUCUCGCAAACAGAUUCAUCAUCGACAAGACGCGGAGAACAAUAAUAAUUUUGUGGAGAGCGGCUUACCUACCGCUAUAUUCCCACCAGCUGGAACUAGUCACGUCACCCUCGAAGCCCUUCAGAAUACAAAAGUGGCGGUCGCUCAGUUCGCUGCCACUGCUCUUACUGGGGCAGACAGCGAAGCGGCGCUACAAGACCUGGCAUUUCUGGAAAACACGUUGUGCACCCUUCAGAAUCAACAGGUAUUACAAUUACAGUUGAUUCGACAACUUCAGCAGCAAUUAUUGAUCACUCACGGGCAAUCGGUAAUGCAAUCGUCGACAGAGCCAACCGAUAACAAAGAGGCUUCGCCGUCUCCUAUUAUUCAUCCGAAACCAUUGUCGAGUCUCGCGUCACCUCCUUCUUCUCGUCCGCCAAGUCAUCAUCAGCAAACAUCACCGGCGCCGCUGACACCGAGUCUACUUCAGGAACGACCCACCUCGACGAGCAGCGCCUCUCCUUUGAAUCUACCCUUAUCUUCGUCCAGCACGACAUCAACUGUCAUUACGACCACCAGCAGCCAGAUGCCGAUGCCACAUCAAAUACCACAUUGCUCGAUAAGCGCUUCCCUCGCUUCAUCGAUCAUAACGAACACCGAUCCGCCUCCGCUUCACGAGCCAAAUACUCUGGACAUUCUUCAAAAACGUACCCAGGAAGUAUUGGAUAAUGCGAGUCAAGGACUAGCUAACAAUUUGGCCGACGAGCUCGCGUUUAGAGGCAAGGGCUCGCGACUAUCUCCUUACGAUUCGAAAUCAAGCGGUGGUCGCGGCGAGCCCUUCUUCAAGCAUCGAUGUCGCUUCUGUGGCAAAGUCUUCGGUAGCGACUCGGCGCUACAAAUCCACAUACGAUCCCACACAGGUGAGCGACCUUUUAAGUGCAACGUAUGUGGCAGUCGAUUUACGACCAAGGGCAACCUGAAGGUCCACUUCCAAAGGCACACGGCCAAAUUUCCACAUGUUAAGAUGAAUCCGAAUCCUGUUCCAGAACAUUUAGAUAAAUAUCACCCACCCCUCUUGCAGCAAAUUGCUUCCGGGAGACCGAUGCCGUCUCCGCCGCCGCCGCCACCACCAUCCUCUCAUCACCCCCCGUUUCAUCCGGCAACAACGCACGGUUUCCUCCCACCACAACCACCCAUACCUCUGAGUCUCACCUUAUCCAAUAUGACGCCCCUUUAUCGAUCUCCAGUUAUUAAUCAUCGGGACGAUCAAGAUGUACCGGAGAAUCUUAGUAAACCUAUAACCACCGCUCCACAGACAUCUCCCACUUCUCCCGCUGCCGUAUUGAAUUCUCGUCAUUCCUUUCAUGACAAUCUCCAUCAACAACAUCAAAAGCAGCAGCUUGAACAGAGAGAGGAGAUAAAACUCGAACAGAGAUCACCCGUACAGGAGCAGUAUCAACGACCGAUGAGUCGGGAAGGCGCUGAGCGAAUAACACCGAAGAGAGAACCUGAGGAAACGGAAGAAGCUGCAGAGGAAGAGAGCGAAGAUUUUGAGGAUACCACGAGACGAUACCUUAAUUCACCUCAAUCCGCAAAUCCACCGUCCCAACCGCAAACGUACGAGGAUUGUAGUAUGGAUAGCAAAAUCAGUGGACGUUUAGAGGGCGAUGGAGAGAUGGAAGUGGACGAGGAAAUAGAAGAGCAGCCUGAAAAUCUCUCAGGCAGAGGUACAAUUAAUCGUUUGCCUCAACAGAUCGUGACAUACCCAGGAGCAUCACCAGCCAGCAGUAGCGCGAGUAGCGGUAGUUUACAGACAUCUUUCGCUGGGAUUCUGUUUCCAGGUCCCCCGGCUCAUCACCAAAUUCCUCAUCUUCCUGUUUCUACACAGACAGGACCAACUACGACAUCCGGAAAUGAAAUGAUCGAUCCAGCAAAGGACCCAGCAAUUUAUUCGACUUUACUACCACGGCCGGGCAGCAAUGACAAUUCCUGGGAGAGCUUGAUUGAAAUAACGAAAACUUCAGAAACGUCCAAGCUACAGCAACUAGUCGACAAUAUCGAGCAUAAACUGAGCGAUCCUAAUCAGUGCAUCGUUUGCCACAGAGUGCUCUCAUGCAAGAGCGCGUUACUGAUGCAUUAUCGCACUCACACUGGCGAACGUCCUUUCAAGUGUAAAAUUUGCGGUCGUGCUUUCACGACGAAGGGCAAUCUGAAAACCCACAUGGGAGUGCACAGAGCUAAACCACCACUGAGAGUGUUGCAUCAGUGUCCUGUGUGUCACAAGAAAUUUACGAACUCUCUCGUAUUGCAGCAACACAUACGUCUUCAUACUGGAGAACCCACCGAUCUCAGUCCGGAACAGAUUCAGGCUGCAGAAGUGAAUGAGUUCCCACCUGGUUACCAUCCAUUGGCAUCUUUUCUCCCUCAAGGCUUUCCACCGAUACAUCCGACCAGUACAGGCUUCUCCUUAGGAUUUCCUCCAUCCAGGCAAACGGCCAUCGAACAACAAUUACAGGAGAGUGACGUCGAAACGAAAGAGGAAUCUCAGCACCAACGUCAGAGAUUUAUGGAGGAGCAUAGCGAAGAGAUGGAGGAUCAAGAAGAUGAAGAGCAAGAUCACAGAGAGGACGAUGAGAGGUGCGAAUUGAAUCGCGAUAGGCGUAGCGUCGAAAUUGAAGAGGAACAGGAUCACGAAAGUGAAGAUACAACCGAACACAAGGACGUAACUCUUCCUAUAUUUUCGACUUCGUUGGCAGCACUCGAAAACCAAGUAAGGACCAUCACGACGACAGCCACAACUACGAAUGUAGCUAGGUCGCCGUCCUUUCAUCGAUACAACGGUAGCGAGAAAAGUACUAGCCCACCAACAUCCGGAGCUCCGCUUGAUCUGACGCCCCGUGCUUCGUCCACGCCAGCGUCGGUGGCUUCGGCAUCGCCCACACCACCACCCCAAACCAUGCCGCAUCAUCCACCAAAUCCCUUCGGCAUGUUCGCGGGACUACUACAAGCGGUUUCGUCCACUCCUGCUACUAGUACGAUAGGCACUUCGAACAUAAACAGCGUCACGUCGAUGAAUGCCGUGAAUCCGGGAAGUGGACCCGGCACCGGACCACUAGCCUCGCUGACCACUUCAGCUGUAUUAGCCGCAUCAUCGACCUACAAUCCGCUUGGCCUAGCUGUUGGAGGCCCAGCAGUACGUGGCAACACCACAUGUAAAUUCUGCUACAAGACGUUCGCGUGCCAAUCUGCAUUGGAGAUUCAUUACCGGAGUCAUACGAAGGAGCGACCUUUCAAAUGCAGCAUAUGCGAUCGAGGUUUUUCUACGAAGAACGAUGAUUCCGGUCAGCAAGUAUGUUCCUGCGCGGAUCAACCCUUCGCCGCGAAGGGUCCGAUUCUCCCACAACCCAAUUCCCAAUAUCGCUCGUACCCGGCGAAAUCGGCCGCCGGAAAUAGUGAGAAACCGAAACGCAGGCGGCGGCGGCCUGAGGAACGGAAGAACCGGGGGCGGACAGGAACAGGAGGGGGGCGAAGGCUGACGUCUGUUUAUCCUGCCGUCCGCCUGCCCCCGCUGAUGCCACCCGCCCUCGGACUUCUACCCUCGGACCACGUCUUCCUGGGUAAUAUGAAGCAGCAUAUGUUGACUCACAAGAUUCGCGAUAUGCCGCCACAUCUGUUCAGCGAUCCAAAGCAUCAACAGCAGCAGCAACAGCAACAACAACAACAACAGCAGCAGCAGCAGCAGCAACAGCAGCAGCAGCAGCAGCAGCAACAGCAGCAACAGCAAGAACAAGAGACUUCCAGAAGUCCAAUGUGCGUCGAUGAUUCGAGUCUACCGCCCCCACCUCCACCACCUCCACCACCCCCGCCGAUGCCACCGACGUCCAUCGAGUCUACAAUACCGAUGAAAAGAUCGCCGGAAGGAGAUUUGCCAGCACCGAAAAGACCAGCCAGCCUGCCGAGCAAGCAUUUGUGCCAGAUUUGCAAUAAGAAUUUCUCCUCGUCUUCGGCGCUCCAGAUCCAUAUGAGAACUCACACUGGUGACAAACCAUUCCGAUGCACCGUCUGCCAGAAGGCGUUCACCACCAAAGGCAACCUCAAGGUACACAUGGGUACUCACAUGUUUACCAACGGAACGUCACGCCGAGGUCGACGGAUGUCAUUGGAUAUACCUCCCCUGCCAAUCACGCCCAAGGACUCGGAGUUUCUGCAAAGACGACCGGACCUUUUUUACCCAUAUCUUCCCGCGCCAUUCCUUAACGGCGUCCAGCAGAAGCUGAACGAGAUUUCGGUGAUUCAAAGUAGCAACGGGUUACCGCCCCAUUCCUUGAGCGCGGGUAAAUACGCUGCAAGUCUAUUCGGUUCGGUGUAUGGUGCCGGCGGAGGUGGCUUCUCCUUGGAUAAACCAAUGGGGCCAACUAACGGACCUCUAGUGGAUGGCAAGUCCGCGAUACCUUCGGGAUCCAUGCUCUUCCAAACACCAUCGCCCUCGCAUUCGCCUGGCGCGUCAUCCAAUGGUGGUAAUCAGACGUCCGCUAGCGUGUCUUGGACCGGCGAUACUCUCCAGCACCAUUUCGACCGGGAAACACCGAGCAGAACCGAGAACGACGCCACACCGCCCACAGCACGGUUACCACCGCCACCAGCGAGAGGAGAGGGAUUAGCCGCGUGAAACUUGACGGAUACAUAUCUUUCCACCUAGAUACAUGAAAGGCGCGAAUGUUCGUUCACAGCGGCAGCAUCUCCGCCACGUAAGAGGCUGAUAAUAUAAUUGAUACAAUUCUCUCAGACUGAAUUAGUUUAGAAGAAGAAAUAAAGAAUCGCGACGAUUAAAUGUUGAUAGCGGGCAAUCUCGACACCGCCAUCCCUCCGUCCCAAUCGGCGAAGGUUUAUUAUCGACUCAUUCGGUCCCACAAGACCGCGCGAUCAUCAGGGAGGAAGCUACGGUUUUCAAUCGCGCAAUGAUGCAUCGCGUAAAGAUGAUUCCGCAAAUCUCGAUCGGAGCAGUCAUAAUAUAUUGCAGCUACCUUUUCCGUGCUGUAUUCGUGCAUUUCAAAAGAAGACAAUCUUCGGAACUGAAAACGAUCGCCUAAUCUCUCACGUCGGGAGAGCACGACCGGAAUGAUCACCGGGACAAUCGCACGACCGAACGUAGCUCGUUGGUGAUCGAGUUUACUUUUGGCAUUUCUCCACGUACGAGUGACGACAUAUCCCUACACACACACUUUCUCUCUCUCUCUCUCCCUCUCUCUUUCUCUCUCUCUCCUUCUCCUUUUUCUUCUUCUUCUUCUUCUUUUUCUUCUCCUCCUCCUCCUUUCUUCAUCCCUCUUUGCGCUCGGUAGUAGUUUUCAAUGUCUGCAAGCAAAGACACCAUGUUCCUAUUAUCGCGCUAGUCUUAAUAUGCGUAAAAGGGGUCGGUAGAUUCCAUCGAUCCGUCGACAGCUUCCGAGUAGGCUAGGACACUGAGAGUUUCGACCCCGAUUCGAAAACUCUCGAUACGCGAUGGGGCUCGAUCGUGUCACCGUCACUAUUCACAUUCAUCGUUUAUUCAAGCCGAAGCUUUCGCGUCGCCGUGAUGCGGGCGAUUCAUGACGAGACGUUCCGCUUAAUAUUGAUCCAGCACGCGUGCUCGAUCGAGCCUCGUAUAACGUACAUACGUAUCUACGUACGAUUCGCGAAUCCUUCGUACGGGAUUCGUGGGAGUCCUCACGUUAGACGCGACGCCUAGACUGAGCUCAGCUCGCAAGAGAAGGCGAGUAUAGGCAUAUUGGAGCCACAAGACACGUGGCGUCGCGUCCUUAUGGGUGUCCCCGACAUAGUUCGACCGUCCAUUCGCGACAGCGGUGGUCACCUCUCCGGGUUAUC